UGGUAAAAACGUGCUAGAUCCACCCGGCUGGUGCUUGUAAAGUUGUGAAAUUUCGUAAUUACCUGUAAAUACGGGUGAAAAUUCUCUGUAGUUUGCAUUUCUCGCGGUGCACUGCGGUGAUACAAGUGACGGAAUCAGUGUAUUGCUGUGUCUGACCGCGUGUCUCAAGCAUCGAUCCAGUACGAAACUGCGUAAUACACAACCUUGAAGAGAUCGUGAAGAGUUUCCUGCUUGGAGGAAACCCCCUGAAACGGUGCAGCAACGAACCAAAUAUGCAAAGAUGUCUACACUCGCCGAAAAACUCAGGAUUUCGUCCAUUCUCAAACCACAGUCACCGGCGAACGGAAAUGGCAGCCCAUCCCGAAACAAGGUCCGGUUUGCUGAGUUGUCAAUCGAAUCGGCAUUGCAGGAAGUGUUGGAUCAUAACCGGUUAACGGGGUACGAAGACAUUUUAGAGAAGCUGCGAGAAGAAGACCCAUCGGAUGAUAAAUUUAAGGAGAUGUAUCUAGAAGCUAAGCAAGCCGUUCCUUUGAUGAAACCCUACUUCGGGAAGUUGGUAGAGCAUUUGCUAUCCUCACGCUGGUUAAACCGCUCCGAAGAGGCCCAGGAGGCGUUUAAAGAGUUCGUGCUGGAACUGUCGAUUGUGCAGAAGAACUAUUGCAAAAUGACCAUAUCAAAGCUGGUCAAACUGUUCAUCCCGGAGCAGGCGCUACAAUCGUCAGUGCCGUCGUCGGCUGGUGUGGAGAAAGAGGAACACGAACGGCAGAUGAGAUCUCUGCAUGACCUCAUAAUGAGACUGAAAAAUGUGAUACCGAUGAUCUUCGACGUGGUGCUAACGCAGCUGCGCAAGAGUUUUCCGUACUACAAGCGUCCAACCUGUGAAGUGAUCGGCUAUCUGCAAAAUGUGCUGCGGAUGACGGCGUACGCGUCGAUCUACUGUGAUGAGCUGCUGGAAAAUGUGUUCUACCAUCUGCUGCAACUGGACGUGAAUGUGCCGCGUAGUGUCAUCGAAGAAACGGAGUAUCCAGACGAUGAAAUGAUGUUUGAGAUGACCGAUACCGGGGGCGAUGAUGAGGACACCAUGAAGCAUCCGGUCGCUCAAACGCUAGAUAACUAUAUGGAAGUAGUGCUCAGCUAUAUCGAGCAGACGGUGAAGGUGGAUGGUCAGGGUGAUCGAUUGUUUAAGAUCAUUCUCAACCAGUUCGAGACGCACAUUCUGCCCGCUCACAACACGGAUCAUGGCCAAUUCAUCAUGUUUUACAUAUGCAGCUUUAAACUGUCGUACGCAGAACAUUUCAUCAGCUCGCUCUGGAAGAAUGUGAACAACUUGAACAAAUCCCCGACCAUACGGCAGACAUCGGUCGGCUACAUAGCAAGCAUGCUAGCCAGAGCGAAAUUUGUUCCACUAAACUACCUUAAGUCGAUGCUCCUGGAAAUGACGCACUGGGUGCAGAACUAUAUACAACGGUGCGAUUCAAUGCACUACAAUCAAUCGCUGAAGGCACAUCUCGUAUUUUACUCCGUAUGUCAAGCUAUUUUCUACGUGGUAGCGUUCCGGGCUAAUCAUCUUACCACAAGCUCUAAGAAUCUUACGUUCCUACAAUCACUCCACCUUUCGGCAAUCGUCACCUGCCAGCUGAAUCCAUUACGCGUCUGUUUGCCUACGGUGGCGACCGCAUUCGCCGGCAUAACUCGUGCCUAUCAACUGGCGUACUGUCACACCAUUCUAGAACGGAACGCACGUCGCAAACUGGCCACCGUGUACAAGAACAAUACACAACUGCCGGAGGACUGCCUCGACACGUUCUUCCCGUUCGACCCGUACAUGCUGAAAAAGUCUGGCAAGCGAAUCGAACCGUUCUAUCUGCAGUAUCAAGCGCACGAAAUAGACGAGGAGGAUGUUUGCGAGACGAGCACCAGCAAUGGGAAGGGUCGCAAGCGGUACGAAUCGGUGUCGGAAGAUGUAGACGAUUUCAUACCGGAAAGCAAGCGUCACAAGCAUGUUAACGGACACGGUGUGGAUGUAGGCGGGGAGUUCACAUACUCAUACGGAACUUCACCGGGAUUUCAUAGUUGAGUUGCCGAUACCCUGCUCUAGCGUGGUAUACGUGCGGUAGUAGGCGUGCAAUUGGAUUGUCUAUUAAUGCCUUUUAAAUACCGAUAAUAUUAAAUAAACAUUAGCACUAUCAACUUUUUCAAUGUAUCCAAAUUUCAAGAGUUUUGCGUUCUUGUUAUUAGAAGGUAGCUCUUUGAAUAAUAAAACGGAGGUUCAAU